AUGUCGUCCCCAACUGAAUUAUUCCUUCCGCCCGACUUUCCCUACCCCAUCAGGGUCGUCGCCCGCGCUGUUGAGCCGUCCGCCAACGUUGCCCGUGGAUCCCGCCUCCUCAGCUACUCUUUCACGCACACAACCCCCGAUGCCCAGUCUGAGCUCCGCUUCGGCACCUGGGACAGCGCCAUCGAGGGCACGGUCGAUAAAUGGGUAUUUAAGCCAGGGGAGACCGUCUCUGCGCGUAAAGCAAGGGAGCUGCCAGCUAUCUACAUCACCGAGCCUUGCAAACAUGGCGUGCAGCUUGGUGGCCUAUGUGCGUUGUGCGGGAAGGACAUGACCGACUACGACUAUACGGGAUUCUCGGACACGUCCCGCGCAUCAAUCCAAAUGACUCACCUGGCCAACGGUCCGCUCGUGUCCUUGGAAGAGGCGCAGAGGAUCGAACAGGAAACAGCUCAGCAUCUGCUCGAGUGGCGCAAGCUUUCUCUUAUAGUCGACCUUGAUCAGACGAUCGUCCACGCCACAGUCGACCCUACCGUCGGCGAGUGGAUUGCCGAGGGUGAGGCCUGGGAGACUCGUCACACCCAGAAGAAAGAGCCCACAGACGACAAAGAACCAGACUCUGACGCCACGGUAUCUGAUCCUGAUGACGAAGUCAAUCCCAACUGGGAGGCACUCAAGGAUGUCAGGAAAUUCCGACUGGGUCCUGAGGCCCUCGGGCAGCCGUCGUUCCGAGGUCCCAGAGGGAAGGGAAAAGAUAAAGCUAUCGAGAAUGAAGGAUGUAUGUACUAUAUUAAACCUCGGUGA